AAACGUGGACAUUUCUGUCUUCACGGACGCUGCCUGACGUGAGGUCCUCCAGCAGUUCAUAGUUUGCCCCAGAUUCUGACAUCUGCUCCCUAGAGCUGCCAUGCAGGGAUUGUGCAUUCAGUGACUCCCUUGGAUUCCCCCCACCUGUUUCCACUUCCAAGUCUGCCGCUGUUUUCUCUCGUCACGACCACCUCGCUUUGUUGAGGGAGCCCCGCCUGCAGACGGUCCGGACAAGUCUCCCAGCACACACGGGGUUAACGCUCUCUCCAGGAUCCCACGGAAGGCAGCGUCGAACGUGAGGGAGACUCCGGGAAUCCAGCUGUGGAGGUUACUGGCAAAGGAACCGCUUCUUUUUGCUUUCAAGCUGGGCGAGAGAAUCUCUCGUGAGUCACUGCAUCGCUUUGAGGAAGUGCACAGAGAGAGAGAGAGCACAGGCUUCAACUCCGCAUACUGUAUAUCAAGGAUUUUAACCCCUAUGAGCGUCUACUGAAAGAUCCUUCAGUUGGAUUGUACUGGGAGCUUUGCUCAGUGCCAUGGCCAUGAAAGUAGAAGAACAGUGGCCGAUGCCAAUGCGGGCAAUUGGCGCUCAGAACCUCCUCACCAUGCCAGGAGGAGUUACGCUGUCUGGCUACCUUCAUAAGAAAGGGGGUUCCCAGUGGAAGAUCAUGAAGUGGCCUCUGCGAUACGUGAUCAUUCACAAGGGCUGUAUAUACUACUUCAAAUCCAGCACUGCUGCCAACCCACAGGGAGCCUUCUCCUUGAAUGGUUACAACAGGGUUAUGAGGUCCACAGAGGAAACAACAUCAAGCAACGUGUUCCCCUUCAAAAUCAUCCAUGUUAACAAGAAACACAGAACCUGGUACUUCUCAGCGGCGUGCGAAGAGGAGAGGAAGAAGUGGAUGAUGUGUUUGCGAAAAGAAAUUGAUCGUUACCAUGAGAAAGGGGACUCGCAAGGAAAUCUGAGUGACAGCUCUGACGCAGAGAAUUUUUAUGGUUCAGUUGAACGCCCGGUGGAGAUAAAGUAUCCUUUAAUGGAAUCAGAAAUUGGAGAUUAUGCAGAAGAUGAUGACGAUGAUGAAGAUGAUUACCUGAGACCAGAUGGGCUGCAAGGAAGCCCAGGGCCAGAGGACGUCCAUCCUGUGCUGAACCUUUCUCCAGUCCAACCAGAAAGAAGCAGCAUGAAGCCACCACUUCCUCUGCCACCUCCCCAUCAGAAACUUCCAUCACCUGGGUUAACUGCUGGGAAAGAGGACUCACGGGAUUGUUUGUCCCUGCCUUUACAUGAAAAUAAUGCAUUCUGCAGACAUGUGCCUUCCACUGUCUCAGCAGGCUGCCCGGCUCCUCCACCUGCUCAUUCGAAGCCCACUUUUGGCGAGGUGGAGCCACGCAAGAAACCUCUAGAAACCCCAACUGCUGGCGUCAAAAGUAAAAGCAACUUUUCAUUGGACUUAAAUAAACACCUUCAACAGGCAAUUGUAAACAGGGAACUGUUCAAUGUUUCAACUCCUCAAUCGCCUUCACACAAAGGACCUACUGCUGGACUCCCUCCGGUACCUUUACACAACAGAUCUAGUGGUGGACCUCCUCCAGUGCCUUCCCUCAAAGGAUCUGGACCCCCUCCACUGCCUCCCAACAAAGGAUCUGGACCCCCUCUAGUGCCUCCCAACAAAGGAUUGAUUGCAGGACCCCCUCCAGUGCUGUCUCACAAAGGAUCUGGACCCCCUCCAGUGCCUUCCUGCAAAGGAUCUAGUGGUGGACCCCCUCCAGUGCCAUCUCACAAAGGAUCUAGUGGUGGAUCCCCUCCAGUGCCAUCUCACAAAGGAUAUGGACCCCCUCCAGUGCCUUCCUGCAAAGGAUCUAGUGGUGGACCCCCUCCAGUGCCAUCUCACAAAGGAUCUAGUGGUGGACCCCCUCCAGUGCCACCUCACAAGGGAUCUAGCGGUGGACCCCCUCCACUGCCAUCUCACAAAGGAUCUAGUGGUGGACCCCUUCCACUGCCAUCUCACAUAGGAUCUAGUGGUGGACCCUCUCCUCUGCCAUCUCACAAAGGAUCCAGUCCUUCGGUGCCUAUCAACAAACCAACACUGUCACAAAUUCCAACUCAAACUGAAGAGAUCAAACCCAAACUAUAUAAACCAGAACCAUUACCAAAAGCAGCUUCUAAAUUUCCUAAACCACCACCUGUUUCUGCUAAGCCUAAAGUUGAAAAGCACAACACACUUCCCUUACACCGUUCAUCUCCCGACGGACAAAGUUUUCGCAAUGUUGCAUCGGAAAAGUCUCGACCUCGGUCUCAGUCCCAACCAGGGGAGCUCGUUCACCAGUCUGAUGAUGAUGAUGAUGAUGAGUAUGAGAAUGUACAGCUACCGACUUCUGUGUUUAUGAAUACGACAGAAUCCAAUGAUGUUGAGAGGUUGUUCAUAUCUACAAGUCCUGGCAACAAACCAGAGAAUGGAUUGUACAGCAUUAGGAAUUCGUCAAAGUCCGGACAGGUUUUAGUCGUAUGGGACGACUCAGAGAAGAAAGUGAGGAACUACAGAAUAUUUGAAAAGGAAUCCAAGUUCUUUUUAGAAAGUGAGAUAAAGUUUACGAGCCUCACAAGCAUGGUUGAAUUUUAUUAUACCCACACCCUCCCGAUCCAUGAGAAUCUAUAUCUAAAGGUACCCUAUGGCUCCAGGAACUCACCCUGACACCAGCACAUUAGCUCACUGUCUCCAGAAAGGAGUCAUUUUUUGACUGGAAACAAAGUGAAAUGGCUGACAAAGACAAUUUAAAAGCUGCACAUUUCAAAGCUUGGAGACUCUUUGACAUUUAUAAGAAGGGAACAGCAGCACGUUGCAUUCCUGAAGAGCUGUGUAUCUCACUUCAUUAUCAAAAGGAAAUAGUCGUCAUAUCUACACUGACCUAUACACUCUAGUUGUUCCUUCCCUCUUGUGAAGGACAUGGUUUCCACUCAGCUCCCUGACAACACCACACAACCGAGAUAUCUGCAAGAGGAAUGCACCAAGCAUCCACCUUGGAUUAUAAAGUAAUAUUAAGCUGUGUCUACAUUAAUUUAAGAGAACUAUAUCAUGGAAUGAUGUGUAAAUAUACAUGUAGAUAAUUAUUUAGAAAAUGUACAUAGAUCAUUUUUAAUGGAAAUAAACUAUUUUUGAGAUGUGUUUGUUUGAG